AUGUACAGCACGGGCGUGGCUGAGGGGUCCUGCAAGCCCAUGUGGAACUCCUCGUCCAUCUGGGAGGGACUCACGAGGGACGCCCUCUUGGGACUCACCCUCGAGAUGUCAGUGUGGGACUACAUCUCUGACACCGAAAACGGAUUCCUGGGCGAGACCCUGAUCGACCUCCGCCACGCGUACCUGGACGAGCGGCCGACCUGGUACCGCCUGCAGGAGCGCCGGUCCCGCUCGGCCAACGCCACGCCCCGCGGAUCCAUCGUGUCCUACGACUUCACAGCUCCUCCGGUUAGACGACCUUCCUCCGUCAGGUCGGGGUCAGAUGAUGUUGAUGGUGACGACAGCAGAAACUCUUCUCUCGACUCUGGCCUUCUGCAUCCUGAUCUCGCGUGGAGAGAGUCAAGAGUGGCCAAGGCACCCACAGCGAGGGACAAACUCGUCAACAAUUAUAUAACGUGA